AUGGAUCGUGUCAUGGAGAAAAUGAGUGACGCUUGUAGAGAGAAAACAGAUCGAAUUGAAAGGGCCAUAGUCGUUUCUUCAUCAUCUAAUAUGAAAACAGGGCAUGAAGUUGGGCAGGUUGAAGUCAAUUCUCUAUAUAAGACAAAGGGUGAUUUUAAAUUAUGUUGUUACAUUUUGAAUAAGUUGGAGGGUGUUGAUAUGAAACAAUAUGCUAAGGUCACCCAGAUGUUACGUAAUGAUGAACUUUGGAUGGAUUUCUUUCUUAAUGACCUUCCUGAUGAUAAGAGGAUGGAUAUUAGGACAAUAAUUGACUUGUAUGAUGAUGGUGAUGAGGAGAAUGAGUGUGUCAUCAUAAUUGCAUGUAUGUUGGAUUAUUAUAAGAAACAUUAUGAGAAACGACCUUGUAGGGAUUCUCUUUUAAUCGGGAAAGCAUAUAUAAUGGAGAUCUUGCAUGGACAUGAAAGUAGAUGUUUUGAAAAUUUCAGGAUGUCCACCCCUGUUUUUUUGAAGUUAUGUGGGGAGCUUAAGUCAUUAGGGUUGAAAGACUCAAUAGGUGUAAGUGUUUAUGAACAAGUUGGCAUAUUCUUGCUUAUUUUAGCUCAUAAUGAAAGGAAUCGUGUGGUCGCAGAAAUAUUUCAACACUCUACCUAUACAAUAUCAAAAUACUUCCAUGCGAUUUUACAAAAAGUCUAUGAUUUAGGGAAACAGAUUAUUGUCGGCCCAGAUUUAACCCAAGUUUCUAACCAUAUAAGGAAGUCAAAAAAGUACCACCCUUUUUUUUCAGGAUUGUGUUGGGCAAUUGAUGGAACUCAUGUCCAUGUGAACGUGCCUAUGGACCAGCAAAUACCAUUUUGUGGUAGGAAGGGGGAUACCACACAAAAUGUAAUGGCUGUUUGUGAUUUUGAUAUGAUGUUCACGUACGUCGUAGCAAGAUGGGAGGGUCUGCUAAUGAUUCUAAGAUACUGA